AAUUAUGUUCCUGUUUUUGUGGCAUAAUGAAUAAAUUAAAAAAACGAAAAAAAAAAUGAAAAGGAGAGAGAAGGGGAACCGUAUUCGAUUCUCUAGUGAGAAUUUCAUGUCACAGCUCAACCACAAGGAAACUAAGAUGAUAGAGAUAAGGAGCGUUUGGAGGAAGUGCCCACGAACUCCAUUCUUGAAGCUCAAAACGCAAUAGCACCAAACAGGUGUUAGCUCGGGGGUUCUAGUGAUGCCGCAAUCAGAAAAGUCGUUCAGUAACAAACUUCCAAUAAUCUGGAUUCCAGGGGAUGGCAGAUGUUUGUUUAGGUCUGUAGUGUAUGGUGCAUGCCUUAGAAGAAGGGAGCCAUCUCCAAGUCUCAAUAGGCAAAAAGAACUUGCAGAUGACCUUAGAGCCAAAGUCGUAGAUGAAUUCAUCAAGAGGAGGGCAGAUACUGAAUGGUUUCUUGAGGAUGACUUUGACACCUACACAGGACAAAUGCGAAAGCCUCACGUUUGGGGAGGAGAACCUGAACUUCUUAUGUCCUCGCAUGUUUUACAGAUGCCUAUAACAGUGGUGAUGGAGGAUAAGAAAUCCAAGAAUCUUAAAGUAAUAGCUGAAUAUGGUCAAGAGUAUGGUAAGGAUAACCCAAUUCGUGUUAUCUAUCACGGUUAUGGCCAUUAUGAUGCCUUCAACAAUUCCAAUAACACUACAUAUUCGCAGAAAUGAUUACAACUUUGAUAAGCUGCAUAUAUCAUAUAAAUGUGAUUAGUGAAUUAUUAAGAUCCCUGUUAUAUAUCUA